AUGGGAAUCGAACAGCAAUCCGAUGUGCUAGGAAAAUGGUACUAUGCAGCGGAGCGCACGUCGGACAACGGUGACCGUCUGGUCGACUUGUGCGAACCGACGGACCUCAUCAUCGCUUCCACGUUUAAGAGGAAUCAUCGACGCCAUCAGCUCACGUGGCAGGGAUCAACCCUUUUAACGCCUGAAGAGCAGCGCAAGCGACCGACGAUGAGGACUCUUAAGCUUCAGCUCGAGCUACGUUCUGGCGAGGAACAUUCCUCAGUCAGAUAUCCAAAAAUCUAG